CCUCAUCUAGCCUAUCCUACCAUGCCCUGCGGUGUGUGUGGAAUGGAUGUCCCGCACCACUGACAAACAGUUGUUGCGGCACGGUUUCUAAUAAUGGACUUUGAAACGAAGAUUUAUACCAGAAUCGGUGGAUAUGGACGAUAUAACCGAAUUGUUUCCAUAUUCAGCUGGUUUCCGAACUUUGCUGUGAUGCUGAAUCUUUUUUGCGACGUUUUUUACACACUUAUUCCCGGGUCGUACCACUGUAAACCCGACCCGACCCUUUUACCUUCAUCUUUUCUUUUCAGUAAUUAUUCCAGACAAGGGUAUCUACAUUUUGCCAUACCGUGGGUGAAUGGCUCUGGACUGAGUCACUGUGAACUUUAUAAAUACCCUAGAAACGUCUCCAACUUCAUAGACAGCAUUCCAAAGGAGAUAGUGCCAUGUACGAGAGGAUGGGAGUACGACCAAGCUGCGGCCCUUCAAAGCAACUACGUUACAGAGUGGAACCUAGUGUGUGGGGACUACUGGAAGAUUCCUCUGCAGCACAUCUGCUUCAUGACAGGGUGGAUUGUGGGAUAUGUCCUCCUGGGCACAGUGUGUGACUGGUUGGGUCGUCGACAGGGCUUCCUGCUGUCUGUGUCUCUGUCCGGUCUGUUAGGAGUAGCUGUGUGUCUGUCCAACAGCCCUGUAGUGUUUCUGCUGCUACGCCUGUCUCAAGGCGCCAUGUUGGCUGGGGUCUUCCUCUCCUCUUACCUCGCCAGACUGGAGCUGUGUGACCCUCCCCAUCGUCUCAUGGUUGAAAUGGUCAGUGGCUUCUUUGCCGUUGUGGCAGAGCUCUUGUUGCCAGGGCUGGCGGUGCUGUGUCGUGAUUGGCCAGUUCUUCAAGCAGUGGCAACCUUGCCACUGCUCCUGCUGCUCUCCUAUUGGUGCUGUCCAUCAGUGUUUCCAGAGUCUCCCCGCUGGCUUCUGGCCACAGGUCAGAUCCACCAGGCUAAGAGGUGUCUCCAGAGCUUCUCCACCAGGAAUGGAGUGUGUCUCCGUGAGGACAUCUACCCUGCUGAGAACCUGCUCUCAGAGAUAGAUGCGGAGUACCCAGAUGAUACCCAGCCUGGCUACCACUCAGUCCUGGAGUUGCAUUCCACCCGAGUGAUCUGGAGGAACUGCCUCAUCCUUAGCUUUACUAUGUUCAUAGGCACAGGCAUCCAGUACUGUUUCACCAGGAACCUCCGCAGCUACUCCCACAACUUCUACUUUAGUUACUUCCUGCGUGUGCUGACUGGAGCUCUGGGCUGUAUCUUCCUCUGCCUGUCCGUCAACCGCUUUGGUCGCCGUGGUAUCCUGCUGCUGUCUGCCAUUAUCACCGGCCUGUCCUCACUGCUGCUGCUGGCCCUCACACAGUAUCUGCGUGGAGUGCUGGUGUUGGUGCUGUCUGUGCUGGGGCUCCUCUUCUCCCAGGCCCUGGCCAUGCUCAGUGCAUUCUUCGCCAGUGAGGUCAUGCCCACCGUAGUCCGUGGUGGAUGUCUGGGGCUGGUGCUAGCGGCUGGCUGUAUGGGCAUGGCUGCCUCCUCUAUGAUGGAGCUCCAGAACAACAGGGGUUACUUCCUCCACCACGUCAUCUUCGCCUCCUUCGCCGUCCUCUCAGUGCUGUCCAUCAUGCUGCUGCCGGAGAGCAAGCGCAAGCCGCUACCCGACUCCCUGAAGGACGGAGAGUGCCAGCGACGGCCCCCUCUCUUCCUGUCCCGUGAAGACAACCUGCCCCUGCUCUAUACCCGCCGCCGAGCUUCCGAGUACAGCCCUGAUAACUACUCACGCCUGGUCUCCACCACCAGGAAGAUGCUCAUCAAAGACAAUUUACCCUAUAAGAUCGUCGCGCCCUCCCAGCCCCCACUGCUGCCUUCCAACGGCGAGGUGCACUGCAUACUGGAGGAAGAGGCACUAAGAGAAGACUUGUCCUAGCAGCCUCUAACUACCAUCCUCCUCUCCCACAGAGAGACCUUGCCUCAAACCCACUGGAUAUCUCUCCCUCGUAUCAUCCACUGGGCUAGCUGGCUGGUUCCCUUUCACCAGACUGAGACACAGUGAUCCAGACUCGUAUCGCUCUGAACGACGGCUCUUCGUGAAUAUUUUGAAGGGGAGAGUUGGAGAUGAUAUGUGGAUUUACUGUGUCUUUUUUUUGUGUUGUGCCAAAUGUUUCAAACUAUACAAAAAAACAAUGUGUGUGUACUUGCACAGACUACUGAAAGACUAUGCUAGUGCUAGGCCUUUGUUUUUGUAUUGAUGGAGAACUGCUGUUUCUAAGACUGUGUUAACACCCUCUCUUCUCUAGGUUGUGCAGUAUGGUGCUAUGGCUCUAUUAACCACUAAGGCUAAAGGCUCACUUGAGAAGCGUUGCUUGUCCACUUAACUGGUGACUCAUGCUUUUCAUUACUGCUGUCUUGUGCUGUGACUGCAGAGAGAGAGAGAGAGAGCAGGGUCCUGACUGUUACUUAAUCUGAUUCACUGGUGACUCAACGAGGGGAACUCAAAGAUAGAAGUCAGUUUGGCUCAAACUGGAAUGUAUUGUAGCCCCUUGUUUGAUAAGGGGGGGGGAACACAAUGAAGUAUCAGUCACUGAUAAUAUGACCUAAGUUAUGACCUUAGCAAUGAAAUGUCAUUACAUCCUGUCCACUUGUUGGACAUGUGUUAAGAACAUGAGAUGUUGUCACAUGAUGAUUUGCACCCGGAACAAAGUUCCUAGAUAAAGAGUUGCUUUAGAUUAUUAAAAUGUGCUUAGGUCAUGACCUCUACUCUGAGUCAUUAUAAACUUUCAAAUGGGACUUUACCUCGUAUUGUGUAGUAGUUGUAUCACAUCCAUCUCUCUGCCUUAAACUGUGAACUUUCCUUUUCAAAGAAGGCAGUUGCUAGGACAUGAUACUUAACAUUCUAGAAGUCAUUUAACUGAAUAUACAUUUUUAUCAACUAUUAAACCACUUUUCACUGCUCUCUUUGGUAUUUGACUGUGGUUUGAGGUUUGAGUUGUUGCCCUUCUUGGCCUAUCUGUGGAACUGUUUUACAUUAUUGUUGGAUAGGAUGUUUACACUCUUAUUAUUCCAACUCAUUCUCUUUCAUCCCCCUCUGUUUUGCUUGCAUGGGAACAAUCCCCCUGCACAGUAAGUUGAUUUGGGAAGGAAUCAACUUUCCCCCACAGCGGACAAUAUUCUGUUCUUCUGGAGAUACUUAUAUUAAAUUCAAUAUACAAAGUAUUAUAUUAUUUUCAGCAAUGAAUAAGUUGUCCAACUCUCAGAAGUUUAAUUUGAUUUAUUUGGAAGCUGAGGCCAUAUAAUGUUGAUUUACUGUUUGCCCCUCUACACAUUUCUCAAAAAAAUUUAAAAUAUCUGAAAAAGUAGCAAAAAUUAUGUCCUCAAGCAUCAAUUAAAGAAAUGCACAAUUUCCUUUCAGAUUAUGAAAAACACACUGUCCCUCAGACCCGGCCAGGACAUUUUCAACAAUGCUAUCCAACUUUUGACAUCAACAGGGUCUUAAAAAGGUCAUUUUUUUAAAAGUUGGUCCACUUUUUCUAUUUUUAACUUUAUUCGCUUGUUCACCUCACUUUUCAAAAAUGAAAUCUGUUAAACAGUUAAUCAAGUUUGUAUGGCCUAAACUGAAAAUGUGUUGGAGUUCUGCACUGUGCGUCAUGUCUGAUACAAUGCUUACCACAAGAUGGUGCUGUUCUCUUAUAAAUAUAUCGAAUGUACAAAAUCCACCAUUUGUCUUUCUCAACUGGGUGUUAUGUUUGAUUAUCAACAGUCAGAUUUUUGUACUUUGAAGAAUUGGAAAUGUUAUGAGUGUGAAUAAAAUAAUGGCCAGGUGCUUGGAGUUAGUCCAAACACACCAUUGCCAAACAGCCUAGUUCAUGAAGUCAGUUUGUACAGCAUUCUCAAAAUGAUUGAACCAGAUGGGAUAAUAGACACAGUUUUGUUGAAUGAAACACACCGUUCUGGCCUGGCCUUGAAUUUGAAUUGUAUAUGUGAAAAUGAAGUUAAUUGUGCUCAUUGGACAGUGUUCCAUUAAUGUUCUAUUGACUCUAAGGCUGUAUAAGAACAGGGGAAGGAAGUAAAGCAGAUGUUGUCUCAACCAUAAACUCCCCUCCGAAAGCU